AGGAUAUUAAGAAGGAUUCAAAAUGGAAUGGGAAAACCACGGCUACGAAAUUUACAAGGAAAUCAAGGGGGAAAAAGACUUCGAAAGAAAGAUGAAGGAGGCAGAUACGAUCCUACCAAAAAGUAUCUUUGAUGGAGUUAAACUUGGCAUUGAAAAGGAGAAACUCAAAAGUAUCUUUGGCGCAAUUGCUCUGUUCAGCGGAGAGCGUCCAACGCAUGCCAUUGGUGUCGCAGCCCAGGGGAUUGCAACUGUUGUGUCGGAGCCAAAAUUCCCUUCUUGUGAGUUCCUUACACCUGGUAAAUCUUUUCGGGUCUGUCUUCGCCACGCUUCCCUGAAAGGUAAAGAUGACGCGAUGUCAGAUUUUCGGGGCGCCUCGAUACGAUUUGCAGAUAGCGACCAAGAAGACAGCCCUUUGGAUAUUAUCAUGUCAACUGGGCGGCCAGCCGUCUUAUCGAAUGUACAGACGAUUUAUGAUGCACUGGAAUCCUAUCGAAGUGGUAAUGUGAAAGAGUUCUAUCUAAAUAAUCCCGUUCGAUUUGCCAGUAAUAUAGACGGUCUGCGGCGUGCACCAAACUCAUAUUACGACCAGCGAUAUUACUCCGAAACGAUAAUGGGCCUGAAGGCCUUUGACAGCGUUGAGAGUUACGUUAGAUUCCGACUGGUGCCAGCUGACGGGUCGCUGGAAACGGGUUUGCUUUCAAAAGAUGAGCAAAGAAAGGCCUGGGAGCAGGAAAGAUAUCAAACGGAAACUAGACCAAAGGAAUAUUUGACAGAAGAGUUCAAGGCAAGAAUAUCUCGUGGACCAGUCAAAUACAAGCUUCAACUGACUCUCCACGAAGUACGAUCAGACGAUCCUCCAAAUAUCCUUGAUAUCGGGCGAUACUGGGACGAGAAUGCUCAUCCCUGGUUGGACGUAGCUGAUGUCACAUUAACCACCAUCCUAUCCCCUCAAGCCAGCGAGGCAUUGAGGUUCAAUGUCGGAAACCUACCGAGCUCCAUUUACCUUCUGCAAGCACGAGGUACCCAGCACUCUAACUGUAUAGCUCACAUACGGAAAGAGGUGUACCAGAGGACGCAGACAAUUAGAUUAAGUAGGAAGGCGAACAUAAAACCAGAUCACGUGGCCACGUAUAGGAUAAGGGUGGAAACUGGUGAAAGGCUAAGAGCAGGAACUGAUGCUAACAUCUCGGUAUCACUGACAGGAACUAGAGGAAAAACUGAAAAGCUUUUUCUAUCCUCUUGGUCCAAUGACUUAGAAGCUGGACACAAGGACGAAUACACCCUACAAGCGAUGGAUGUUGGAGAGAUAUUGAUGAUCCAUCUUCACAAUGACGGUGCAUAUUCGUGGCACAAACAUCCACAUUGGUUCGUUAACAGGAUCACUGUGACGAGCUCUGAGCAAAAAGACCCUUUUGAAUUUCCAUGUUUUCGCUGGGUGGUUUCCGAUAUGACUCUUUUUAUAGGAAAAGCCGUCCUUCCUUUCCAAGAUCAACCAGAAGUAAUAAAGAACCAACGCAUUCUUGAGAUACAAGACCGUAAGGAACAAUACCUCUGGGGACGUCUUCCACCCGGUGUAAACGAUUUGCCAGGUUUCAUUCAUGCUCCUAAACAUGGUGAUCUCCCAAGAGAUGCGCAGUUUUCUGACGAGGAGUCACGCUCAUUUCGUGAUGGCCGUCUUCAUGGGGUGAUCAAUCUUGGGAUUUCUUAUCUACGCAGUAUUUUCAGCAGUUGGGACAGCUUUGAAAGCUUUCAGAGAGUCUUUACUGGCUGGACAGGAGAUAUACCUAAAAUUUCCCAAAAUAAUCUCUGGAUGGAAGAUAGGAUGUUUGGCUACCAGUUCCUAAACGGCUGCAAUCCAUGUGUUAUCGAACGAUGCGACGAGCUGCCAAUCAACUUUCCUGUUUCAGACGAAAUGGUGGCAAAGUUUCUCGACCGAGGAAUGACAUUGGCUGAAGAAAUUAAGGCUGGACAUGUCUUCAUUGUUGACUACAAGGAACUCAGGGGAAUCAAACGCGGUGGUAAGGACAGCAACUACAAAUCUCACUACGCGGCUGAGCCUAUUUGUCUCUUUUAUGUUAAGAAUUCAGGAGACCUGGUGCCUAUUGCAAUUCAACUUUUCCAAGAACCCAGUGAAAAUAACCCAAUAUGGACUCCCGGUGACACGCAUUAUGAUUGGCUCCUGGCGAAAAUGUGGUUUCGAAAUGCAGACCAUCAAGUGCAUCAGAUGGGGACCCACUUGACAAAAACUCAUUUGCUGAUGGAAGCGUUUGCUGUUGCCUCAUGGCGGCAAUUGCCGUCUAUUCAUCCUAUCUUUCAGCUUCUCUUUCCUCAUCUUCGUUCAGUAAUGGCCAUCAACACCAUUGGAAGAAAUGAAUUGAUUGCAAAAGGAGGCAUUUGCGACAAAACUCUGAGCAUUGGCGGUGGAGGGCACAUUCAACUACUGGAAAAAACGUACAAGAAUUUCAAGUUUGAAAUGCUCUCUUUGCCAGGCAUGUUGAAAAAAAGAGGUGUGGAAGACAUUGAAAAGUUGCCUAAUUACUUCUACAGGGAUGACGGGCUCCUUAUGUGGAAUGCCAUCUCAGAUUUCCUACAGGAAUUCGUCGCCAUCUUCUAUGCGUCAGACGAAGAUGUUAUUAAGGAUCAUGAGUUGCAGUCCUUCGUGAAGGAUAUACACGAAAACGGUUUCCCUGUAAGAGAAGGCGAUGUUGACCACGAGUUUCCCAGAAGUUUACAGAAACGUGAUCAGCUGGUUCACCUACUGACGUGUAUAGUGUUUGGGUGUUCAUGUCAACACGCAGCGGUUAACUACGCUCAGAUGGAAUUUACCGGCUUCGUCCCGAAUGUCCCACCUGUAAUGCGUCUUCCACCACCAACUGGAAAGAAUGAAGUAACUCUGAAGACCAUCAUGGAUACAUUACCCAGCCACUAUCAAACUGGCUGGCACGUUGCUACUGUGUACACUCUUACGAGAAUGGCAGAAAACGAGCGUUUCAUUGGAGACUAUUCUCAGAGCUCUUUGACAGGGAAAGAAGUGGAGAAUGCUGUUUCUCGUUUCCAGUCUUCCCUUCAGCGGAUAUCGGAUGCCAUCAAGGAACGCAACGCGUCUCUGGAAUUUCCCUAUCCUUGGCUGCUACCGGAGCGAGUUCCCAACAGCGUUGCCAUUUAA